AUGCGGGGCCGGGCUCCGCUCCUGCUGCUCCUCUGGCUCCCGCUGCUGCUGCUGGGCUCGGCGCGGGCCGCCGCCGCAGUACCCAACUUCUCUGUGGCUCACAGCCGGAGGCAGAUCCCGCACUGCCGACAGAACACGCGCCUGUGCUCACAUCUUGCCCUGCAGCCUAAGGGACUGCUUUUCGCUGUGCUCUGCAGGAGGUCCUACCACAACUGGAGCGACAUGGGCUGUGCCCAGAGCCCCCAGACGUGGUGCAGCUUCCCCCCCGAGCUGCGGCGGCGGCGGCGCUGGACCGUGGAGCUGCGCGUGCGCGCCGAGCUGGGCGCGCGGGCCUCGGCCUGGGCACGCAGCGCUGCCUUCGUGGCACAGACCAACACCACUCUGGGCCCCCCCAGGGUGAACAAUGUCAGUGCCAGCCCUGGCUCUCUGCUCGUCAGUGUCAGCCCCCCGUUCUCCCCUGAGCCUGGGGACCUCCUCCAGUACCUCGUGUCCUACUGGGAGAACAGCACCAGUGGCAUAGAAAAAAAGCUAAGUGAAAGCAAGACACUAUUCCAAAUUGGAAAUCUGAAGGAGUCAACACUUUAUUGCUUCAGCGUUCGGGUGAGGUUGAAGAUCUACUCAGGUCACCUGUUGGAAGGGCAGCAAAGUGCCCCAGAGUGUCACAGAACUGCCCUCAGUGAGGCCACCCGAGCUGGGUACAUCAUCCCCCUCUUUGUCCUGGCCCUGGUGGCUGUGAACCUGCUGGUGGCUGCUCUGCUGUGCCUGUGGAAAAAGCACCAAAGCAUCAAGCACUGGGCCCAGCCCCCGCUGCAGAUCCCAGCGCACUUCAGGGAGUUCCUGAGGGACCCUGGCCCAGCUGCCUGGGAGGAGCUGUGCAGUCCUGCUGAGGAGGAGCCCCAGGCUCUUGUGCUUGGAGAAGGAAGUGGCCAGGAGGGAGAGGAUCCUUCAGCCAACACCUCCAGGGGCAGGGCAGCCGCUGAAGGGCCACCCCAGUGAGUGUCACCUGCCCCAGACUGUCCAGAGGCUGCUCCCAUGGUGUGGCUGCUGGAUCACAGGAACAUCCCUGGGAUCACAGGAACAUCCUGAACAUGGAUCCUGGAUCACAGAAACAACCCAGGGAUCACAGGAACAUCCUGAACAUGGAUCCUGGAUCACAGAAACAACCCAGGGAUCACAGGAACAUCCUGAACAUGGAUCCUGGAUCACAGGAACAUCCUGAACAUGGAUCCUGGAUCACAGGAACAUCCUGAACACAGACCCUGGAUCACAGGACCAUCCCAGGGAUCACAGGAACAUCCUGAACACAGGCCCUGGGAUCACAGGACCAUCCCAGGGAUCACAGGAACAUCCUGAACAUGGAUUCUGGGAUCAAGGACCAUCCCUGGAUCACAGACCCUGGUGCUCCAGGGGCCUCUGCCCAGCUCCCCCAGCUCCUCACUCUGCCAAAGCACUGGGAAGAGGGAAGGUGGAAGGGGAAGGAAAGGAACACUAAACUGCCUGAGGACAGGUGGACCCAAGGGAGAAUUCCCAGCCCAGCUUGGAGGAAUAACUGCACUUUAGUGGUGUGGGGGAAGCUGGGCUUUUCCAGGGAGCUGCAAUGUGAAUUCCAUUUACACUGGUUUGGUUUCUGCUGGCAAUAACCCUCCCAGCCUGCUUUCCUGGAUCAUUUUAAGUGCAGGACAAACCAAAAAGGAACUUGUGGGUGCUGUCCUCGGGGUGAAGCUGUGCCAAGAGCCCCUCCCAGAGAGGUCUGCUCUUAUCUGCUCCUGCCACCCUCCUGGGAGCAUUAUCCUGCUGUGCAGCCAGGCCAGGCCCUGCACAGCACGAGGGACCUGGGAGGAAUUCUGCUCCGAGCUUUUCCAACGUUUUCAGUCACUGUCAGACACUAAAACCUCUUGCUGAGCACCAGCAGAAGAGAAGCUGACUGAGAGUUUUGGUUUUAGUGCCUUAAAGCACAAGAGCCCAAGUUAAACCCCACAUCAGCCCCUGUGGGGUUUGGAGUGUCCAAUAAAGCACAAAGAACAAGUGAACCUCUUUCUGUACUGAAAAAAUGGGGUUAUUUGAUUUUUUUUCCCUGGGUUUGAUAUGAAUUGUUUAAAAAAUGUGGGGUUUUUUUUGAAGGUGCCUGGUUGGAGGGCCCUGGCAGAGCUGAGGUGCCACUGUUCCAGCCUUUCCAGGAACAGCCCAAGGC